UCUGAACUAAUGACGUAGAAAAUUAAAUAUAAACCCUUUAGUUAAUCUGAUGCUACAGUAAAUCUUAGAACUUCUAGAGAAAGGUCUCUUUUGCGGAUCAGAUAUCGACAAGUAAAGACGUUCCGAGCAACGCUGACGAUAUGAAAAUGAAUUCUCUUCUAUAUUUAUCAUUAUGUUUGAGUGCCAUGUUCGUGUGUGUACUCUCUUUGAGUUGUAUGUCCUGUGAUCAGGUAAAAUGCAAGACUCCAACAUGUAAAAGUGGUGUUGGUUUUAAGGAUAUGUGUGGUUGUUGUGACACGUGCGCCAAGACCGAACAACAACACUGUGGUGGACCAUGGAACAUGAACGGUAUAUGCGACAAGGGUUUGUCUUGUGUGGUGCGACGUAAGAAUGGAAAAGUCAUUCCUGAUCGAGGCAUCGGUUUAUUUUCUGGAAAAUGCGAACCAAACAAAUGUGCAGGUAAAAGUUGCCACAUUCACCAAACGUGUACCGUAAUCGAUGAAACAGCAGUGUGUGAAUGCCCAAGACAUUGUAAAAGCAUUGACGAACCCGUAUGUGGACUGACCAAUGGCAUCGAGUAUGAAAAUGAAUGCCAACUAAGGAAAUACGAGUGCAAACUUGGAAAGGAGAUUGGAUUUAAAAAAGGACCCUGCAAACGUUGUUCCAUGGGAGGAAAGCCAUACAAGUUCGGUGAAAAGAUCACGAAAGGACGAUGUGAAUCAUGCACUUGUUACCAUGGAAGCUGGACUUGCAAGAACAUCUGCGCAGCACCCGAGCCACUCGUACAGCUUGCAGGUGAAGGUGCACGAUGCGACAUCAGCGGUAAAAAAAUCCUUUGCGACCCUGGAAUGGUCUGUCAACCCAAACCCAACCAAUCAAAAGCUAGUCCUUUUGGAAUCUGCACGCUGGAGAAAACCACAGACUCCCUUCCAACACCACCACGUCUUCCAUGUCCUCUCAGAAAGUGUAGGCCUUGCAAGUAUGGAUACAUCGUGGAUGACAAUGGCUGUCAGACCUGCGAAUGCAGAACCAAAAAAUCCGCCUGCGUCCUACCCAAACAGACCGGUCCAUGUCUCGCAUACAUACCACGUUAUUAUUACAACCCCAAGGUUGGGAAAUGCAUGAAGUUCAUUUAUGGCGGAUGCCAGCCCAAUGCCAACAACUUCAAGACAAGAAAAGCUUGCGAGAGAAAAUGCUUGGUUUAGGAGAAAGUGCUCGUAUAAACCGGACAUUAAGAUCAACCAAGAAUCAUUCGCUACAUUCUCUGUUACUCAAAGGCUAGGGAUUUUUUAUUAUCUAUUAUAGCAAAUGUUGUUUUGCCGUAAACAUUCCUAUAUCGUAUAACUAUAUAGUAAACUUACUUCUGUUAAGUUUUUGAUUCCUUAAAAAAAA